GCGUCGCCGUCCCCGGAGCCGGAGCCGAAGCUAGAGUCAGGGUCGCUCCUGCCACCACAACCAACCAACCCCCCGCACCUUAGCCACACAACCAUCGUCGUCGCCGCCCCCCCCCCGGACGCUGCCCCCCCCCCCAUAGAGCACAACGAUGAUAUCGCUGCGCACGUAGAGCAAGCGCUCCUUGGGCUGUUCAGGGGGCUUCCCCGCGACCAAGCGAUCUUUGGGGAGCCAGGGAGGGACCUCGUGCGGUUACCGUUUGAAGCCAAACGGAAGAACGGACAGUCGUGGGCGCGGGUGUGCGCGGUGUUGGGUGCUUCCGUAGAAGCAAAGAUGGGUCGUCGAGUUCCGCGCGGGUCUUGUUGGAUGUCUUCCAAAACCGUCAUCGAUAUAACAGUCCCGAAGGGCCCCCAUUCGAAUGACAAUUAUAAAAAGAUUACCACCGUUAGACUCCUCGCCUUCCUCGCCGAUCCCACCGACGCCAACUGGGCAAAGCUAAAUGCCCAGACGGACGCCCCCCCAGGCCAACGGCCUAUAGAUUCCCCAUUCAGCCACGCGUGCUCGAAUGGGUCCCAGAGGGCCGGAGUUGGUGGUUGUAUAAAUGGUGUAGAACACGGGCGGUUCGCCACGAGGGGGGAGAACGAGUCGCACAAGAACUGUGCGAACGGGGCCCUGGCGUUGUGUCCUGGACACGGAACGCCCCCCGUCAAAUGCGUGUUCGUCCAUAAGGACGGGCACCCUAAGCCAUGCAAGAUGGCGAAGGACUGCGUACCAAAAUGUUUUUGUGUGAGGCGAUGCUAUUAGCUUAGCCCACAGUAAUACAUUUUUUGGCCGCUUGGCAUACGCUUGUUUCUCCCCUCGAUGACUCCCUCGCAAUGUGAUAUUCUAAGACUGUUCCCACUACACAAGGCUUAUCACAGCCUUGCCUUACUUGCUUCGGAUACUCGGACCUAAUCAAGUAAGCUACAGUUUCCUGUAGGAUCAGCACGUACCUUAAGCCCUUAUAGUAAAGGCCCACCGCUUAGCGCGCGUUGCGACGGUUCAGCGCAACCUGAACUCGCCACAGGGUUGGCAUAAGCUAUUAAAGCUCGUAGCG